GACGGAGGGUGAGAGGGAGGAGGGCGAGGAGGAGGGGCAAGUGGUUGAGGUUUCGACUGAGCACGCAGAGUUCCGCGUCUCCCUCCUCGGGGCUGAAUGAUGAAGAUGGACUCGAAGAGUCUUCCUCCAUCUCGGAUCUUCAGGUCGUGGCUUCUCAUCUCGCUCCUCGCUCUCAGCGCCCUCGUCGUCUUCGUGAUGAACGUGUCCCUGAGCCUCCCUCCCCUGCAAAAGCCUCCCCGCCAUGCAAGGCCCGAAUCAGGCCCCAGAAGUGCCACCACGGAGCCACACGACCCCGAGAUGGAUGACCUGCAGCAGCUCCUCCGAUGGCCGAGCCCGCCCGCCAUGUCCUCAUUCAACUUCGAGUCAUCCACCAGCCCCGUGGCCACGAGCUAUCGGCUGCUGGGUGGGACACGCAACUUCACGGUCGGUGACACGCUGCACCUCACCGUGCAGGCCAGAGACCACCACGGCAGGGACAAGCGGUAUGGCGGAGACUACUUUCGCAUCAAAGUCUACUCAGAGAAGCUCCGGGCGGGCGCGUUUGGCUCAGUACUGGACCACGACAACGGCUCGUACACGGCGAGCGUCGUGCUGCCGUGGCCAGGCGAGGCCCUUGUAGACGUCAAGCUGGUUCACUCAAGCGAGGCCGUGAACAUCAUCAGCCGCCUCCGCGACUCCGUGCCGAACAAGAUCUUCUUUACCGGCUACUUCGAGAAGGAAGGAGCGACAGGCGAGGCCACCGAGUGCAACGCGGUGCCGCGCUUAAUGUUGAAGUCCAAGAUGUGCGAGUACAGGGACAAAGCGACAGGACACAUGUGGUUCUGCAAGAAGCCCAGGACGCUGCCUUGCGACUCCCUGCGAUUUCACUCGAACAGAGGGUUCAGCAACAUUCUCACAAAGGAAGAGGAGCGGUUCUUCAGAAACGAAGUCUCAAAGGUGAGAAUCAGCGGAGAUCCAAGCCAAAUCAAGGUGUUGUCGUCGUCAUCACUGCACAACCUCACGGCUGGCCUUGGGUCGUGCAUGCCAGGCCACUCAAUGCCCUCUCUGAGUGGCUUCUACCUCAACGAUGAGUGGGUGUCGCUGUCCUGCCGGGCGCGACCCUUCCGGGCCCCUCAAGACCUAGCCACAUGUCUGCGCGGAAAGAGGAUCUACAUGUACGGGGACUCCACCAUCCGCCAAUGGUUUCUGCACCUCACCGCGCACGUGCCAGACAUGCAGUUCAUCGACAUCAAUGCACCCACGGUGCUGGGCCCGCUCAUGUCGGUGAGCGUGGCCGCCAAGACGUUCCUGCUCUUCCGCUCACAGGGCCUCCCCUUCCUCACACAGCACGGGCCCGUGGCUGCCCUGCACUACGUGGCCAACGAGAUCGACGGCCUAACUGGUGGGAAGGACACGGUGGUGGGAAUAAGCGUGUGGGCUCACCUCACGGGGUUCCCCGUGUCUUUCUACGUCACUCGCAUGAGGGGCAUUCGUGCCGCGGUCAUUCGCCUGCUGAAGCGAGCCCCCGGGACACUGGUCGUCUUCAAGUCGGCCAACACCAGCUACCACUCGGUCUACCAGUCAGAUUGGCUCUCUCUUCAACUGGACCUCGUCAUGCGCCGUCUCAUGGCGGGGUUGCCCGUGGUUAUCUUGGACGCCUGGGAAAUGACGGCGGCUCACCGUCUCCCGGACAACAUGCACCCCGAGCCCAUCAUCAUCCACAACGAGAUCAAGCUCCUCCUGGCCUACGUCUGUCCUGAGUAGGGUUGCCACUUCCUGAGAUAGAAAAAAACCGGCACACAUCAUGGGAAGAAGAUCGACUCGCAAGACCAGAAGCAGGGAAAACUAAGUCUCAGUGCAUUUAUCUUGAGUGAUAUAUUAGGAGGCGUCUGAAUGAAAGUACAGGCGCGUCUUGCUUAAUGAGACGUGCCUCUACUUUUUUACAUGAGAAAUACAAAUUACUGUAUUAUUUAAAAUAAAGGAAUAAAAUAUGAAAUGUUAUACUUACAACGGGUCCCUGAUAUACAUUGUUACAUUUUUGAGGAACCCAACGUAAAAUUCCCCUGCACAUACGUUGUUACGUAUUUUUUUACUCGAGUUCAACUUAGUAUAGAAAACGUACAACUCGUAUUUCACGCAUGUGUAGUGUCAUAAAUGGAGUCACUGUGGCGUUUAGCGCCAGCUACUGUCAUGAGUGGAGCUGUGUGUCUUGGGCCGCUCUCGGGCACCAGAGUGGGUAUGCCAUGGAAGCGGGCCCUAGGGGGCAUAGUCCUGGUGAUAGUGAGAGAGAGGUCGAGUGAGGACAUGACAGUCUGGGUGACCCCGAGAGGACAUGUGACCGGACGAGGUGGCAAGGGGGGCCCAAAAGGAGAGGAGAGGGACAUGUGAUGUAGGGGCCAAGUCUUCGGGAAGGAUCUGACAGGGGGCGUGGCCAUGGGCGGAGCCCGGCCACACCGCGGCCGAUAAAGGCUGAGUCCCGAGCUCCGAUCAGGGCUGUUCUCUGGAAUCAACCCUCGGCGCUACGUCUCUUGGAUCUUCGGUCUCCGCUCGGCAUCGUGGGUCAGUCAGGAUGUUACUGACUGACCCGGUUAUGUAGUUACUUGUUGGGGUCUAGUUAACGUGUGUACGUUUAUGUAGUUGGCCCUGUUGGGGCUGUGUAAUAAACGUGUUGCCUCCAAGUAAAGUGUGUGCCUCCGUGAAGAACACUAUACAUGCGCAACCAUCGUCGCAUGUAUCCCCAGUAUCCUUUCUACUCCUUCUCAGUCCCAUUGUGUUCUCUCACGUGCGUAGUGAGAGCUCAAUGUAAUUGGCAUAAUCAUCUCCCAACACCUUGUCCAAUUAAGGACAACUAAUCCACUUCUCAAUGUAAGAUCAUACAAAUUAUAGCUUAAGGUAAAAUCUAAAAAAUAUGCUGUUGAAGAUUCCAUGCUUUUUU